AUGAGAAGCUGGGUCCUCAAAGUGCCACUGUCAGCACUCUCCGGGAAGGAGGCUGGGGAGAGGACUGAUGCCAGCCGGCUGCCUCACGGGGAAGUAGAAACACGUGGCCAUUAUGCCAUAAGCAUCCCUUUGGGCUUCUAGACGGGUUUCACGUGUGACACCUCCACAGUCCUCCCCUGGAACAACACAGUAGAAAGCUGCCCCGGUGCUAAGUCCUCUUCUAAACAACCACACACCGGAAUACAGCGCAACAGAAGGCAAGGCCACAAAAAAGAGGAUUUUAGUCCUUUGGACUUUCAGUCCUUUGGAUGCAGCUAUUUUAAUAGAGCCACUUUAUCGCAGUUAUUUUGACGUGAGGAUAUUUAGAUUUGACCUAAAACAUCAGCCGAUAAAUGUGCUGAUUUUCAAAAACAAGUGAGUAAAAUGGGCAUUUUAUACUCCUUCUGUGAACUUCCCUCCAGCCCCAAUCUUCACCCUAUUGCCAAUCCUGCCUCUGGGCAUCAAGGUGUAUGGGUCAGGAACAGGUAAGGGGAAAGGGUGGGAGAGAUUCAAAAUGGGAGAAAUACUGAGGAUCAGGUACCGGUCAAGAAUGCAGUAAAUGUCAGGAAGGAGGUGCCUGUCAGAACUGGGAGCAGGUCAGGAGGAAAGGAGGGUCGAGAGGUCUCUAAAUCAAUAAAAAGGUCACAGUAACAUGGAGCAGAAAUAACAGAUGGAAUGAGGAGU